GACAGUCUUUUAACUAUGGGCCAAAAGGAAGAUCUAGGCCUAAAGAAAGAAAAAACGUCCAGGUUUUUGAACCACAAAAUCGAAGUACUCCCAAAUACAAACUGGAAGAUGAAAGAGAUGCACCAGGACAAUCAUCAACAAUUCAGCCAGGACAGAUAGUAAUAUCUGAUGCUGAGGAUCUGGAUCCACCUGAAACAAAUCCAGAAAAACCGUCUUGCUACAGUAAAUACACAGACCUGUUUUCACCAAAUGUUGAGCAAGAAGACGAAGAGCCGGUUGCUGUCAAUGUGACGAAUUUUCAACACACAGCAAUGGAGGAGACGGGCAUUACAUUACCUGACAUCGUGGCAAACCUGUCACUUCCUAUUGAUCACAAAAAAGUCAGCCGGUUCAACAUCUCAAGGGCUAACUUUUGGGAUGGGGCAGUCAGAGGUUUCAAGCGUACAACCUAUUCUGAAACCUGUGACAUGCUGGUGAAAUUUACUGAUGAUACUGGUGUUCUGGAAGAGGGAAUUGACACUGGUGGUCCAAGACGAGAGUUUUUGACUCUACUGAUGAAACACCUAAAAGACCGGCCCAUUUUUGAUGGACCAGAAGGACAUCGGUUCUUGGUCUACAAUGCAAAUGGUAUGCAUAUUGGUUAGAUGUGUACUAUAGGCUACUAAUGGUUGGUUAAUGCUCAUUGACCAUAUAUAUAUAUAUAUAUAUAUAUAUAUAUAUAUCACAUGACAUAUGCUUGUAUAUUACAGUAAUGCAUUGUUUGUUUUAUUUUGCAAUAUGAAUUAAUUCACAGCUGUUAGGGAGGAUGAAUACUACCUGGCAGGAAAGAUGAUUGCUGUGUCAGUUGUGCAUGGAGGUCCAGGGCCCCAUUUCCUGUCGGAAGAUCUUGUACAUUAUCUUGCAGGCCAGCCUUCAUUCAAAGCAACAAAUAACUUAAUAACUGAUGAAGAAAUAGGGAAAGCUUUGCAAGAGGUGAGAGUAGCAUAAGGCUAGGGUAUGGUAGUGCAGAAUUUUACAUAGUACCUGCAGUGUUUUGAGACAAUGUUUACCUUCUAUAUCGCGUGCAGAAUUUAAUUAAUUAAUUAAUUAGUUUUUAAUAGUGUAAGAUUACACCAUGCUAUGUAUGUCAUUAAAAAAUAGGCAAGGAGAUACAGUGCACACAGUUAUUGACAGGGGUGUUUAUGCCCAUUGUCAUGUUUUUCAGAUUGAGAAUGCUGCUUCAUUGGAUGCUCUGCAAGAAUGUAUGAUGAGACACAGCACAAUGUUACAGACAGCAGGUUGUCUGAGACAUGUGGC